CCGGCCACCACUGGCUUCAAUAUGGCUGCCCCCAGGGAAAGGCGAGGCUAACGUGAAAGCGCAGACCCUGACUCCCUCGUCUCAUGGAUCAUAGCGCAGAGUUCAGAAAAUGGAAGGCGCAGUGUCUGAGCAAAGCGGACCUCAGCCGGAAAGGCAGUGUGGACGAGGAUGUGGUAGAGCUCGUGCAGCUCCUAAACGGGCGAGAACAGUUUUUCACCACCAGUUCCUGCGCUGGCCGCAUCAUCCUCCUAGACCCGGGUAUAAAUGGUUCCGAGGUUCAGAAACAAAACUGUUGCUGGCUACUGGUUACACAUAAACCCUGUGUGAAAGAUGAUGUGAUUGUAGCCCUAAAGAAAGCGAAUGGCGAUGCCAUUUUGAAAUUUGAACCACUUGUUCUUCAUGUGCAGUGUCGACAGUUGCAGGAUGCACAGAUUCUGGCUGUCCGGAGCACACAUGGCUUAGAAGUUCCAUUAACCCAUAAAGGAAAACUGAUGGUGACAGAGGAAUAUAUCAACUUCCUGAUAAAGAUAGCAAAUCAAAAAAUGGAGGAAAACAAGAAGAGAAUUGAAAGGUUUUACAACUGCCUACAACAUGCUUUGGAAAAAGAAACUAUUUCUAUGACCUCAUUUCCCAAAGAGAAAAUCAGAGAAAAAAAUAACUCAUCAUAUACUCACAAGAAAAAAAGAAACCCAGAAAAAGCAUGUGGCAAAUAUAUUACUGAAGAAAAUAAUAAAGAACUUGAAAAUGAUGAUCAUGAUGAUCCAGGAAUCAGUGUUACUAUCUUCCCUGAAGAUUACUGAGAUUUGGUUCUGAAGUGUCUUGGUAGAAUAAUGUUUCUAAUAGAUAUUAUAAAGCUGCUCUUUAUAGGAGUAUUUUAGUUUGUUGAGUGUAUCAGCCUUUCAGAAAAACAAGAUUUAAUUUUUCUCUAUAUUUUAGGGAAACCCUUAGCUUUUAAAAAUAGCUGUGUAUAAUAUCAAUAUUUGCUCUUAAAUACCAUCUUUUUUAGUCACACAGUCAUUGCAAAAAUAAAAUUAUGAUUUUUAAUGCUUCUCUCUCCUUAAGUUUCAGUUUCUACUUCUGUAAAACAGGAGAACUAUAAUACCCUUUCAAGAGAGCCUUAACAUUAGGAAUAUUAGAGUAAAAAUCAUAACAACAUUUUACGUAUUUUUAACUUUGAAAUCUCCAGCCUUCAAGGGGGUCACUUUGCUGCUUGUUGCCAUGGAGUCCAAGGACAAGUUUUUUCCUCUCUUUAGCCAUUGUGGAUAAAACAACUGAUAUCCUUUUUGUUCAGGACAAAAUAUUAUACUUGAACCCUCUUUCCCCAUUAUUUCUCACAAACCAGAGCUUGCCACUGGCACAUCCUCCAUGAAGCAGGUGGGCUUAGUUUUUCACUACGCCUGGUCAGAAAUGAUAACUUAUGACACAGGAAUCUCAAUAGAAUAAAUGUGCUAUGAAAAAUUGCAAAGAAUCAGAAGCCUCGGGUUUGAGUUCUGACUGCUACAGAGAAGUUGGUGGUCCUUAAGCGAAUCACUUAAUUUCCAAGGGCUUCCAUUUCCUCUUCCGCAUAAUAGUAAUUCUGAUCCCUCCCAUAUUUACACCAGAGGAGUGUUGACAGGAUCAAGUUAAAUAAAAAUGUGAAAGCGCUUAAUAAGACCAUUUUGCAUAUAUGUUACUAGUUACUUUGCUAUUUAUUUUCAUUAUAAAUUGAAGAUUUUUCACAAUGUAUUUUCAGAAUAUCAAAUCAUAGAAAGUAUACAUUUAAAGAGAAAUUUCUAGUUAGUCGUAGAACUAAUAAAUUGAAAGACAAAAACACCAGAACAUCAAGUAAGAAAAAUUAUAUGAGGUAGUCAACAUUGAGUUGUGAUUCUGGCCUUUCCUAAUAUUUUUAUAAUUUGCUUAAGUCUUUAUAUAAAUUAUUUUUAGAUUUGUAUCCCAGAUGCUUAUCUUCUGCCACCAUUUCGUACUCUCAUUUUUUAAAGUCAAUCGACUUUAUAGCUAUCUGUUGUCCUCUAAGCAAA